AUGUUCCUUCACGCUUUCUUAGUUGUGUUUUAUCUGUGGAGCUUUUUAGUUGGUAUCACGACUGCCAUACCUUCACUACACCACCCGAAACGUUUCAAUGAGCAGCUUAUCAACUACAGCGGCCGAGAAUCCACGAACGGAUUCUAUGAGCUUGCGAGCGAAGCGUACUACACCGGUGCGUACGACGGUACACCGGUUGAGGUGGAAAACAAAUCGGACACGUGUCUGUGGGAGGAUUGCUACGAAGAACCGGACUGGCCCACCCGUGAACGACGCCGCGUAGAUCCUACGUUCAGAGGGCAUCCAAAGACGCGCGAACAAAUCUGGGAGCGUAACUUCGCACACGUCAUCAUGGACAAUCGGCAAACGCUUUCGCUGGUUACGCUUCUCAACAAGAUCAUCCUGAAGUACCUUUACCACUGCGUACCGAUCGUGCUGUACGAUACGUAUGUGGCCACCACGGAGAACUACAUCCUCGAGGCACUGUUUAGCGAUUUUCCCACCAGCUACAUCACGGGCCGCAUCGGUCCCAACUACACGCUGGACAAUCCGGCCAUUCUGGAACCGUUCGGUCCGCAGUGCCGCAGCUACAUCAUCUUCCUGGCGGACGUGAUGAUGACGCGUAAGGUGAUCGGUCCCCAGCUGAACAGCUACGUCGUGCUGAUACCACGCUCGAGCCAAUGGAAGCUGCAAGAGUUUCUGGCCGCGAAACAGUCCCGCGAUAUCAUCAAUCUGCUCGUGAUCGGAGAAUCGUACUCGGUCGAUAAACGCAUCAACAACGAGCAACCGUACGUGCUGUACACGCACGAGCUGUACAUCGAUGGGCUCGGUGCUAACCGGCCGCAGGUGCUUACCUCCUGGAUCGGGAACAAGUUCUCGCGCAACAAUGUGAAUCUGUUUCCGAAAAAGUUAAGGAAAGGUUUCUCCGGCCAUCGGUUCACGGUGAUGGCCGCUCAUCAGCCACCGUUCAUGAUCAAGCGCCUGUCGACGGACGGUGUGGGCAAUGUGAAUAUAAGGUGGGAAGGGCUCGAGAUACGGCUGAUGCGUGCCAUGGCUCAGUAUCUUAACUUUACCUACGACAUUGUGGAGCCGUCGAAGUUGGAAAUGGGUCCGGGUGAUGCUGUUGUGGAUGAGAUACAGCGACGGCAGGCCGAUGUAGGGCUGGCCGGUAUAUACGUGACGAUCGAGCGUAACCUUGCCACCGAGAUGUCGGCAUCGCACUCAACGGACUGUGCAGCCUUCUUAACACUAAUGUCAAGCGCCCUGCCAAGAUACCGUGCCAUCUUAGGACCGUUCCAGUGGCCCGUAUGGGUAGCGGUGAUCCUCAUCUAUCUGUUGGCCAUUUUCCCACUCGCAUUCUCGGACAAAAUGACUUUAAGACAUCUGCUCGGUAACUGGAGCGAGAUCGAGAACAUGUUCUGGUAUGUGUUCGGCACCUUUACCAACAGUCUCACCUUUCAGGGCGAGAACUCGUGGAGCAAUACGAAGAAGACCUCCACUCGCAUGCUGAUCGGUAUCUAUUGGUUGUUUACGAUCAUUAUCACCGCCUGCUACACGGGAUCGAUCAUCGCCUUCAUCACGCUUCCGGUCGAACCGGAACGUGUCGACGGGGUGGAGCAGCUUAACCGUGGGUUCUACCGUGUCGGCACACUGGAUCGUGGUGGUUGGGAGCGUUGGUUUCUCAACUCAAGCCACAAGCAGACCAACAAGCUGCUCAAGGAUCUGCGUUAUGUGAGCAGCGUCGACGAAGGCAUCCGGAAUGUGACCGAAGCGUUCCUUAUAUCGUACGCCUUUAUCGGGUCGAAGAACGAGCUAGAAUUUCUCAUCCAAUCGAACCUCUCACAUCAGUUCCAAAACAAACGGUACGGUCUACACGUGAGCCGCGAAUGCUUUGCCCUGUACGGUGUGUCGAUGGUGUUCCCACCCAACUCCGUCCACCGCGAUCCGAUCAACAAUGCGAUCCUUUACAUGCAGGAAGCGGGUCUCAUCAGCAAACUCAGAAAGGACGUAACGUGGGAAACGGUCAAGACGAAGGAUGGCCACUACAAGGAAGCGUCCGUCGGUGAUGUUUUGCGCACCACGGCUCCGUCCGAGCGGGGUCUCACACUUGCCGACACGGAGGGUAUGUUUCUGCUGAUGCUGUUCGGGUACGUCGUAGCGCUGGGUGUGCUCAUUUCCGAGUGGGUCGGUGGCUGUACCAACAAGUGUCGGGAGGUUUUGAAGGAGCGUGCCGAGCGGUUGAAAGCGGCCGCAGCUGAAGUUGCUGCAGCUGCCACCGGCAGUGAUACGGCCUCCGUUCCCGAGUCCUCUCGAUCAUCAGCGAACGAGAACACACUCCGAAAACGAACCGGCGCCAAUGGUACGGAAAGAUCCCUGCCAGCGAGCAAUAAUGGUUCGGCAAAGGUGCGUCGCAUACGGCUGACGGCGGAAGAUCCUCACAAUGAACCCGAGCCCAACGAGUACGACACACCGGUGGAUGGUGGCGGUAGUGAAGCAUCAUCCUUGCACCAUCGCAGUCUCUCCGAAUGCCUGUCGGAGGUAAGUGCACACACCAUGCAGGAACUGUACAAUGGGCCCGAUCGGCGGCAUUCCACGAUCGUGUUCCUGGACGGACAGCUAAUGUCGGAAGAUGAGGCGAAGCGGAAGGUUGCUCGCAGUAAAUCAAGACACCGGCACAGCUUAAGCUCCGUCCUGGAACGGGAGGUUAGCCAGCUGUUUCGAUUCUUGGGCAAGGACUCACCGUACAGCUCACGGCAAGAGUCGAGCGGCGAAAGGGGUGGACUCGUCAGAAGCGGAGCCCGUAAGGAGGUGGAGGUAGCGGUCGAGAUCAAUACACCGGGCGAUGUUGAAGGGCCACCGGCGCCGAGUGUGACAGGUCGCCGAAGCAUCGAGGCCACAUUCGGAGAGAAGUUACUACAUUGAGAUGUACGCUUGUAUCGAAAAUAGAUUGAACCAGGAUGUUUUGUA